AUGAACAGUCAUUAUACAGAUAUUGAAUCAACAACAAAUUUCGAUUGGAUUAUUAUUAAACAAUAUCGUCAAGUAAAACCUGAUUCAGAUAAAUCAACAAAAGAAUUAACAAAUGAACUUGAAAAAAAAUUAGCAAAAGCUUCAUUUAUUACACGACUUGGAAAUGACAUUUAUUAUCUUUAUUAUUUUAAAGAUGAAAAGAUUAAUACAUAUUUAUGA